AUGAAUGCAAUUACUCCAGCUGAAAGACAAAAAUAUGCCGAAAUUUUUCAAGCAAGAGGACAAGUGAAUGGCUACAUGAGUGGCGCCAUUGCUCGUGAUGUACUUUUAAAAUCAAACUUACCACCUAACCGUUUAGAGCGCAUUUGGGAUCUUUCUGAUAUCGAUAAAGAUGGCAAUCUUGACUUUGAAGAGUUUUGUAUUGCAAUGCAUUUAACUUUUGACUGUAUUAAUGGUGCAGAAAUACCCAUCUCGCUUCCUCCUUCUUUAAUUCCUCCAAUGAAGGCACAUCUCCUUCCUUCUCAACCUCAACACUAUUUAACAGGUGGUUAUCAACAACCUCAACCUACGGGUUAUCAAGGCUAUCAGCAACCUCAGCCCACUGGCUACCAGCAGCCUCAACCGACGGGUUAUCAGCAAUCUCAACUUACAAAUUAUCAACAGCCUCAGCCUACUGGGUAUCAACAGUUUCAGCCUACAGGUUAUCAGCAACCCCAACCUACUGGCUAUUUUGGUCAACAACAACAACAACAACAAACAGAACUUGAAUUCAGUUGGGAUAUGACACCAGAUGAAAUGACAUCUUAUCAAAAUAUAUAUUCCAAGUACGCUAAUGAUACUGGAAAAGUCAAAUUUAGUCAAAUGGACGAUUUUUAUAAUACUUUAGGACUUUCACGCACUGAUUUAACAAACGCAUGGACCCUUAUUGAUGUGAAUCAUACGAAUGCUCUUACACAAGAUCAAUGCUUAAUGUUUUAUCAUAUCCUUAACCAACGCACGCGUGGUAUUCGUAUCCCUAAAGAGCUUCCACCUGAUCUUCAUGCUGCCUUUGCAGGCGAAUAUGCCGCUGAUUUUGGGGAGCGUCCUGGAUCUGGUACAGGUGCACGUAAAGGAACAAAUCAAUCCAUGUCAAGCAGCGCCAAAUUAGCGGAUAGUUAUGUUAAUCGUUUAGGUGCAGCUAAUACUUCAUUAAGUAGUAAAGGAUCAACGACUUCUAAUAAUAAAUAUGAUGAAGAGGAUAUGCUUAGAAGAGAGCUUGCAGAGUUAAAGGAGCGGGUUAAGGAAGCAGAACAGAAGGCAGCUGAAGCUAAAGAAAGUGAUCGUCAUACUUCCUUCGCCUCUCGUCCUUUACGUGAUCAAUUCCAAGCACUUUAUGACUAUAAAUUACGUCAAUUAACUGAUCAGAAUGAUAUUGAGGAUAAAGUUCGUAAACAAGAAAGAGAUAUUGAAGCUGCUCGUGAUGCCAUUCGUCGCUUAAAUCGUAUUUUGGAUGAUGUUAGAGGAAAGAAGAGAGAACUGGAAGGAUUAUUAGAGGAAAGAAGAUUAGAAGUACAAAAGGUUUUACGAGCAUCUGAAUAA